AUGCGCAUACCGUCACUUAUCAUUAUAACUUAUUCUAGUUGCUUUUUGCGUUCUUCUAACACCAACGUCAUUUUAUUCAGAAUGGAUUCACGUGAAUAUCAACAACCAAUAACACCUCCACCAUCUUACUCUUCUAUUGUCAAUGAUAAUCGACAGGCAUAUGGUUCUGAUAACUAUUCACAUCAAAAUUAUCGUGAAUCACGACAAGAACGCAUGCCUAAUUUCGAUGAGUUCAUCAAUCGUUAUGAAAUUAAUCCAAGUUUUGCUGAAAAAUUAUACGUACUUAGAGGUUAUGAAAUUGUUUUUAUCUGUGAUGAUUCAGGUUCGAUGAAUACGCCAGUUGGAGAAAUUACUAAUCCACAUGGAAAACAAAGGACACGAUGGGAUGAACUAAAACAAACGGUAUCGAUUGUUGUCGAUUUGGCCAGUGUUCUUGAUCCUGAUGGUGUUGAUGUCUAUUUUCUCAAUCGUGAGCCCAUGUUUCAUGUGCGUAGUGCGUCCGAAUUAGAGAAUAUCUUUGCUAUGGAACCAGAAGGUUCAACACCAAUUGUACCCGUUUUUCGACAAGUCCUUAAAGACAAGCGUAACCAUAUUUAUGAGCGUAAAUUGCUCAUUCUCAUAGCAACUGAUGGUAUACCAACAGACGAUCGAGAACGUACAGAUAUUCAUACACUUGAACAUGUUCUCAAAAAUGAACGUAAACCUACCAAUCAAAUUCCAGUUACAAUCAUUGCUUGUACAGACGAUGAAGAAUGUAUAGGAUACUUGAACAAUUGGGAUAGGAAGAUUCCGAAUCUCGAUGUUGUCGAUGACUAUCGAAGUGAAAAGAAAGAAAUUGAAGCCUGUCGUGGCAAAGAUUUACCAUUCAGUUUCGGUGAUUAUAUAGUUAAAAUUCUAAUCGGAAGUAUAGAUAGUUGGUUUGAUAAUUGGGAUGAAAAACAAUAG